AUGCGUCCAAUCCUAAAAUACGAGAACUAUACAAUCGCUUGGAUCUGUGCGCUCAAAAUCGAAGUAUUGGCAGCUCUCGCCAUGCUCGACGAGAGACAUGAUGGCGUGUUUUUAAGCAAGUAUGGGGAUGAAAAUCAUUAUAUCCCAGGUACUAUUGGAAGGCACAAUGUAAUAAUAGUGGCGCUGCCAAAGAAGACAACCGGGACAGUCUCGGCUGCGAUUCUUGUUGGGAGCCUCAAAGCCAACUUCCGCAAUAUUCGGUAUGGGCUAAUGGUCGGCAUUGGGGCUGGUGUCCCAGGGCGGAACUUGAAGCCUGACAUUCGACUAGGGGACGUCAUUGUUGCUGCACCAGGAGAUGGGUGCAGUAAUGCUCAAGGAGUACUCGCGUAUGAGCUGGGGAAGGAAUCUGCGGACGGUUUUGUCAACAUUGGAUGGAUUCAACCCACAGAUCGCCGCCUGCGGAGUGCUAUAGAGGCACUUGAGACUGAAGCUGAGUAUAUAGGUCACGACUUACUUGGGCCUUAUCUCGCGCGCUUUCGCGAAAACCCAGGGAGCACGAGGUUCCUUCACCCUGGCCCUGAUAAUGAUCAUCUAUAUGAAGCCCAGAAAUCAGGAAAGCCUGGGGCGGAAAUGUACCAAGUGAUUAGACGCGGUCCUCGACAGUUCGAGGGGCCCGCUAUUCACUAUGGUCUCGUUGCCUCGGGUAACAAGGUGAUCAAAAAUGCAAGCUUGAGAGACUCUAUGCGGGAUAAAUACAACAUCAUAUGUUUUGAGAUGGAAGCAGCUGGCCUCCUGGAUACCCUACCCGUCGCAGUUAUAAGGGGUGUUUCGGACUACGCCGAUUCUCACAAGAACGAUACCUGGCAUGAAUAUGCGGCAUCAACAGCAGCUGCGUAUGCACGGUGCCUCCUCGAUUAUAUUGGUACUCUGCAGGAAGAUGUUCGCAGUAUCCCGAGCGAAAUUGUGCCAUUCGGAAGAAACGGGAGAUUCGUCGGUCGAGAGGCUGAGCUUGAUACACUCAUCGCAAAGCUCAUCACGAAUAAUACCGAAGAGGACUGCCAGCGUGUGUCAAUCUUUGGGCUAGGAGGGAUUGGCAAGACUCAGAUUGCUAUUGAGCUUGCCUAUAAGGUACGAAAGGUGUCAGUAUCUCACUCUGUGUUCUGGGUCUCAGCUGUGACCGCUGAGAUGUUCAAGGAGGGCUUUCGACAUAUUGGCGAGGUGCUCAAAAUUCCAGGUAUAGAAGAGAAGGAUGCAGAAAUUCAUACCCUUGUUAGAGCUGCGUUAAGCAAGGAGGACCUCGGGAGAUGGGUACUGAUAAUCGACAAUGCCGAUGAUGUUGAAAUGCUGUAUAGGAACUCUUACGAAAAUUACGGCGAGGCACCGGUUACUCUAAUCGAGUAUCUACCUUUCAGUCGCUUGGGGUCCAUCGUCAUUACGACGCGCAACAUUGAAGCAGCCAUAAACCACAGCGGCGUGGACAGAGUUGAGGUCAGCAACCUUAGCCCUGAGGAUGCUACAGAGCUGUUGAGGUCGAACAUCGGCGAUAUCAGUAUUACAGCUGAGAUGGAGAGCAUGCCCGAGCUGCUUGGCGUUUUGGAAUACCUCCCGCUCGCCAUCAUGCAAGCCGCUGCUUAUCUUUGCGCAAAACAGAUGAGUAUCACCAGAUACCUACAAAUAUACAGGAACAAUGCCGAGGCCUUGUUCGAGAUACUGGAUAGAAAUAUCGAGGAUACUCGAAGAUACAGAACUCUUAGCAAACCUGUAGCGACUACCUGGUUUAUCUCGUUUGAGAACAUUGCUCGUGACGACCAGCUUGCCGCGGACUAUUUGUGUUUCAUGUCUUGUGUCCAUCGGCAGAAUAUCCCGGGUUCUCUUCUACCUAGCGCACCUCUACUCGAAGCCGCCAACUCUAUAGGUACGUUGAAAGCGUAUGCGUUGAUUACUGAACGCUCAGGGGGGGACUGCUUCGAUGUCCACAGUCUAGUGCAUCUGUCCGUGCAAAAAUGGCUGGCGGCCAGGGGGAAAUUUUACGAAUGGAGAAGAAAGGUGUUGAACAGAAUUGCAGAGGUCUUUCCAACCGGUGAACAAGAAAAUAGAGAUCUGUGGAACCUGUAUUUGCCACAUGCGCGCCACAUCCUCGCCUCGGUGGAGCUACACACCCUGACGGAUCAGGCCGGAAGAACGCUACUCUACAACAUGGGGUGGUGUCUUGAGAGCGGUGGAUGGUACAAGGAGGCUGAGGUGAUCUGUAGAAAAAGCAUUCAAGCAACUGAACGCGCGCUAGGUCCAAAUCACCUUGAGACACUCAAGUCGAUGAGCAAGCUUGGUCAGGUAUUGGACGCAAUAGACGAAGAAAAAGAAGCAGAAACAACAUUUCGCCAUGUUCUCAAGAAGAGAGAGUCCAUAAUUGGCCCCGAACAUCCGGAUACCCUAUAUGCUGCUCUGAAUCUAGUCCAGCUGCUGCGGGCUCAAGGACGCAUUAAAGAAGCCUACGAGAUGAACGAUAGAGCGUUGAAGGGUAUGAACAAGACUUUAGGUCCUGAUCAUCCUGGCACUCUGGCGUGCUUCUCAAACCUCGCCCAAAUACUGCAAUCUCAAGGCCAUUUUGACGCAGCCAAAGAUUUGAACGAGCGGACUCUAGCAACCAGGGAACGAACCCUAGGUCCAACACAUCAAGAUACCCUAACUAGUAUCAAUAAUCUGGCCCUAGUGUUGGACAACAAAAAAGACCACAAGGCAGCCGAGGUCAUGUUCCGGAGGGUCUGGGAAAAAUCUGAAGCUAUCUUCGGCCCGGAGCACCCACUCACACUUACCGCUAUAAACAAUGUCGCCAUGAUGUUGAACCGUCAAGGACAGAACGCGGAGGUGACAAAGAUGUUACAAGGGGUUCUAGAAAUUCAUCAGAAGCUCUUUGGCCCCGAACACGGCAGCACGCUGGUUACCAUGCAUAACUUAGCCUACGUUUCCCAUGCACAGGGUAAUUAUGCUGCUGCAGAGCAAUUGUAUCAGGAGGUACUCUCAAAGCGAGAAGAGCUACUAGGAUCAGAGCACUGUGAUACCCUCACAAGCCUGUCUGGCCUAGCUCAGGUACGCCAAUCUCAAAGGCGAUAUGAUGAGGCUGAAGACAUGCUCACAAGGGCAUUUGAGGGAAGGGAAAGAACACUAGGGCUCGAAAACCCAGACACAUUGAUGAGUGCGCGUGAGUUACAUCUACUCCGAGAGCUCCGUCAACAGCAAUAA